GUUUUUUGUUUGUUGCUGCUCUUUUUUGGUGAAUCUACUUGUCGUUUAUUGCAUAAUCUCGAGCUUUUCUUGAAAAAAACUCAUUUAUUAUUGGGGGGUUUGUGCUCCUUUUUUCAUUAAGCUUUUCUUGAGAAAUAAUACACAGACAGAGAAUGGAAAGGGUCGUUUAGCUUUGUUUGUCUUCUUUGUUAGAUUGAAUGAUACUUUGUUACUUGCUUUUACCCUAUAAGCUGCUGAAAUAUGACACAUCAAAGAAUUGAACUGAUGUUACUUUCCAAAUCAUGUUGUCUCCGAUGAUGUUUGCGGUGCCCUAUAGUGGAAAAUGUUGUCUUUGAUGAUUCAAGAAUGUGAACAUUCAAUAACUUUAAGUUUCUUGAUCAGUUUUUGUCUUCCCCAAAGUUUUAAGCUAUGAAAACUCUGUUUUUUUUUUUGUUUUCUGUUACUCUGAAUUUACAUUGAGAUGAAAAAUGAGUGGCUGAGGAAUAUAGAAAUAAUUGACAAAUAAUAUAUACUCUGUUUUAGUGUUGCAUGUGUGUGAAAGCUUAAGUGUUGAAGAACUUGUACAGAUUCAUGGUUUCAGGUAGCUUUUGUUCUAACGACCGGUAUAAACAGUGCCUAUGUGUUGGGAUAUUCCGGGACAGUCAUGGUUCCUUUGGGUUGGAUUGGUGGUGUGGUUGGUCUCAUUCUUGCUACCGCAAUCUCUCUUUACGCAAACACUCUUAUCGCCAAACUUCAUGAGUUUGGUGGCAAAAGACACAUUCGUUAUAGAGAUCUUGCAGGCUUCAUCUAUGGUAAAAAGAUGUAUCGUGUUACAUGGGGAUUGCAAUAUGUCAAUCUUUUCAUGAUUAAUUGUGGCUUCAUCAUACUUGCUGGUUCAGCCUUAAAGGCUGUUUAUGUACUUUUUAGAGAUGAUAGUCUCAUGAAACUGCCUCACUUCAUCGCCAUCGCGGGUGUUGUAUGCGCGAUUUUCGCAAUCGGUAUUCCUCAUUUAUCAGCUCUUGGAAUCUGGCUAGGAGUUUCAACAAUCCUCAGCAUAAUCUACAUUAUUGUUGCAAUAGUUCUAUCAGCUAAAGAUGGAGUAAACAAGCCUGAAAGAGAUUACAACAUACAAGGAUCAUCAAUAAACAAACUCUUUACCAUAACAGGAGCAGCUGCAAAUCUAGUUUUCGCAUUCAACACGGGAAUGCUCCCGGAAAUACAGGCCACGGUGAAGCAACCGGUCGUUAAAAACAUGAUGAAGGCUCUGUAUUUUCAAUUCACUGUUGGUGUUUUACCUAUGUACGCGGUUACAUUCAUCGGAUAUUGGGCUUACGGGUCCUCGACAUCGACUUAUCUCUUAAACAGCGUCAGUGGACCUGUUUGGGUCAAAGCACUCGCUAACAUUUCAGCUUUUCUCCAAUCUGUUAUCUCUUUACAUAUUUUUGCAAGUCCGACUUAUGAGUAUAUGGACACAAAGUAUGGAGUCAAAGGAAGUCCAUUGGCAAUGAAGAAUCUGUUGUUUAGAACAGUAGCAAGAGGAAGCUACAUUGCGGUGAGCACUCUUCUCUCUGCGCUUUUACCGUUUCUCGGAGAUUUCAUGAGCCUUACCGGAGCGAUAAGCACGUUCCCUCUCACAUUCAUAUUAGCGAAUCACAUGUAUCUUGUUGCUAUGAAUGAUGAGCUUAGUCUUGUGCAAAAGCUAUGGCAUUGGCUCAAUGUUUGCUUCUUUGGAUUAAUGUCUCUUGCUGCUGCUAUUGCUGCUGUUAGACUCAUCUCUGUUGACUCCAAGAACUUCCAUGUUUUUGCUGAUGUUUGAUUAAAAUGUCUUCGACAUUUUUAACGAUGUAAUCUUUAUACCAAUUAGAAAAAAUUUGUAAUCCUUUUGUUGUUACUUUUAUUAUUUCAAAUGAAAGAAAUUUUUUAUAACAUAAUAUAUAUAUUUAUUUUUCGG